CGUGUAGAGGAAGUUUUGUUUUUGCGAGUUUUCCGUCCGUCUCGGCUGAUUGAAUAUUUCGUUAGUACGCUUAAAAUAGCCCGAAAUGGUCUCACUGUGAAUUGCAUUAUUGACAAGAGCUCGCGUAUUUCAAGUGGGAGUAAAAGUCUCGUCUGUUAGAGGCGGCGGGAGUCGAACACUUGAGAGUAACCCGAGAGCAACUGGCUGCUAAGCUAGCCUCAUCUAGCUGCCUUAGCCUCUGGUUUACGUUGCAUUUGAAGGGGCUCUCCGAGCUAACCAAGCCAUGGGGAACCGGGGCAUGGAAGACCUGAUUCCCCUCAUCAACAAGCUUCAAGACGCUUUCAGCUCCAUUGGCCAGAGUUGCAAUUUAGACCUCCCCCAGAUUGCCGUGGUCGGCGGACAGAGCGCUGGAAAGAGCUCGGUGUUGGAGAAUUUCGUUGGCAGGGACUUUCUUCCACGUGGAUCAGGCAUUGUUACCCGCAGACCUCUCAUUUUGCAGCUGGUCAACAAUAAAGCAGAAUAUGCCGAAUUUCUGCACUGCAAAGGGAAGAAGUUUGUGGAUUUUGAUGAGGUGCGGUCGGAAAUUGAGGCAGAGACCGACAGGAUAACAGGCUCCAACAAAGGAAUCUCUCCCAUCCCAAUUAACCUGAGGGUGUACUCCCCAAACGUGCUGAACCUGACCCUCAUCGACCUUCCGGGAAUGACUAAGGUCGCUGUAGGCGAUCAGCCACACGACAUUGAGCACCAGAUCAGAGAUAUGUUGAUGCAGUUCAUCACCAAGGAGAGCUGUCUGAUCCUGGCCGUCACCCCUGCCAAUACUGACCUGGCAAACUCCGAUGCUCUGAAGAUUGCCAAGGAGGUAGACCCACAGGGUCUGCGUACCAUUGGUGUUAUAACAAAACUGGACCUGAUGGACGAAGGGACGGAUGCAAAAGACAUCCUUGAAAAUAAACUCCUGCCACUCCGUAGAGGAUACAUUGGUGUGGUAAACCGCAGUCAGAAAGACAUUGAUGGGAAGAAGGACAUUCGUGCUGCUCUGGCUGCAGAAAGAAAGUUCUUCCUGUCCCACCCUAGCUACAGACACAUGGCAGAGCGCAUGGGCACACCGCAUCUACAGAAAACACUUAACCAGCAACUGACCAACCACAUCAGGGAUACGCUGCCUGGCCUGCGCAGCAAGCUCCAGAGUCAGCUCCUCUCACUGGAGAAAGAGGUGGAGGAGUACAAGAACUUCCGCCCGGAUGACCCCACGCGUAAGACCAAGGCCUUGUUGCAGAUGGUCCAGCAGUUUGGUGUGGACUUUGAGAAGUGCAUUGAGGGCUCUGGGGACCAGGUGGACACCAAUGAGCUUUCAGGUGGUGCCAAGAUCAACCGCAUCUUCCAUGAACGCUUCCCCUUCGAACUAGUCAAGAUUGUGUUUGACGAGAAGGAGCUAAGACGGGAAAUCAGCCACGCAAUCAAGAACGUCCAUGGUGUCAGAACGGGGCUGUUCACUCCAGACCUGGCGUUUGAGGCCAUCGUGAAAAAGCAGAUCGUUAAGCUGAAAACGCCCUGUCUCAAAUGUAUCGAUCUGGUCAUUCAGGAGCUCAUCAACACAUUCAGGCAGUGCACCAACAAGCUCAACUCCUACCCCAGGCUGAGAGAGGAGACUGAGAGGAUUGUGACCACCCACGUACGUGAAAGAGAAGGGAAGACCAAGGACCAGGUCUUGCUGCUGAUUGACAUUGAGCUGUCCUACAUCAACACCAACCACGAGGACUUCAUAGGCUUUGCUAAUCUUGACUACAGAAGGCUGGAUGAUGGUAGCUCUUCAGGGUACAGCAACAACAGUGCUCAGCAGAGGAACACAGCGGCUAACAAGAAGAGGGCCAUACCCAACCAGGGUGAGAUUCUGGUGAUCAGGAAAGGCUGGCUAACAAUCAACAUCAGCAUCAUGAAAGGAGGCUCCAAGGAAUACUGGUUUGUCCUGACUGCCGAGUCGCUGUCCUGGUACAAAGAUGAGGAGGAAAAAGAAAAGAAGUAUAUGCUGCCGUUGGAUAACCUGAAGAUCAGAGAUGUUGAGAAGGGCUUUAUGUCUACAAAGCACACCUUUGCCAUCUUCAACACUGAGCAGAGAAACGUGUACAAGGACCUUCGCCAAAUAGAACUGGCCUGUGAUUCUCAAGAGGACGUGGACAGCUGGAAAGCAUCCUUCCUCAGAGCAGGAGUUUAUCCAGAGAAGGACCAGGUGGAGAAUGAAGAGGCUGCUCCAGCCGACACUUUCUCUAUGGAUCCUCAGCUGGAGCGACAGGUGGAAACCAUCCGUAACCUGGUGGAUUCAUACAUAGGCAUCAUCAACAAAUCCAUCAGGGACCUCGUGCCCAAGACCAUCAUGCAUCUCAUGAUCAACAGCGCAAAGGAUUUCAUUCACUCAGAGCUACUGGCCUACCUCUACUCGUCUGGGGACCAGAACAGCCUCAUGGAGGAGUCAGCUGACCAGGCACAGCGCAGAGAUGAAAUGUUGCGCAUGUACCAUGCACUCAAGGAGGCGCUGCACAUUAUUGGUGACAUCAGCGCCACCACGAUCAGCACCCCGGUCCCACCACCUGUGAAUGACACCUGGAUGCAGGAGGCCAGCCCAACUCCUCAGCGCAGACCAGCCCCUGCAUCAGCGGCGCCCCCCAGCCGUCCGCCUGCAGUCAGGGGCCCUACACCAGGACCCCCCAUGAACCCUUCCCCUGCCUUUGGGGUGCCACUCAAUCCCUCUCCUGCCUUUGGUGCCCCUCCAAUCCCCUCCCGCCCAGGUCAGCCCAUCAACGCCUUCGGCCAGGAUCCCUUCAGCGCACCCCCACAGAUCCCUUCCCGGCCUGCUCGCGUUCCUCCCGGUGUACCCAGCCGAAGACCCCCUGGUGCUCCUUCUCACCGGCCCACCAUUAUCCGCCCUGCUGAGCCCUCCCUGCUAGACUAGACCUGUGGCCAAGCCCACCUAAGUGUGUAUGUUUGUGUGUGGAUGUUUGCAUCUGCACCCUAUAGGCCAGGCGCGGGGGCUCGAGGGGAGGGCCUGACUAAUGCAAAACCUGCAUCAUCCAGCCGUAUUGAUAUGACUAUUCAAGCAAUGUUAAUAAGCUGCUAAUCCUGUCUUUAAAGUGCACAUGAAAGAAAGAAGGCCCUCAACCACUUGAAUAUUACAUUUGACUGCUAGGAAUACAAGAUCCAACUCUGACCUGUGUGAUGCACUAAGCUUCUAUCAGGCGCAGAUGAUGUAUCACAGUCAGUUCAGGAGUUUUUAAUUGUGAUUACUGGUUUAUUUCCUCAUCAGUUUCUUUUCUUUCUCCUAACGAGACUCCCAGCAGACGUACUUUAAUUAACUUAUUAACUGGUACAGGCUGGCUUCCCUCUCCUCCCCCCUCCCUCCACCUUUUCAGACUGGCCCAGAUGCUCAAGUCUAGAUCUUUGUGUAAUAUACACACUUAACCUGUUCAGUUGCUGUUUUACUGGAUUUUCAUACCCUAACUGAUUUCAUACUGAAAAACAAUAGCUUAUUAUGACUGUUGUUACUUUUGGUGGUGUCGAUUAUACAUUUUUUUUUCCUUGUGUUAUUUUAUUUGAGUGACUUUGUCCUUUUUAAUGAACGUUAUAAAUGUAGCUUUAAAAUAAAAAUCCUAAUCGUAGCAGAGGCAAAGGAUUAAAAGGCACAGGGCAGGGUUGCGUGAUACUGAGAAAGUAGCUUCAGCUCCUCCUUUGUGAAUGGUCCUUAUAGAAUGAAAAGAUGUCAACCAGAUUGACCACUAUGAUCCAAGCACUUGUAACCACCUAGCCUUACGAGAAGCCACACAUAACAGGGAUGUUGUCGUCCGUUACCAGAACACUAUGCACAAAAACCCAGGAGAGAGGAAGAAGGACGGACUGAAGGCUGGACGCACUUUGUGGCAGGCUUUAUCCACUAAUUCAGAGUUGUAACAGCUUUGAAUUUUAAUCCCUUUAGUCUCAGUUGACCUCCAUUAAAGCCUGUGGCCUUCGAGUAGACUUAGGUAAUUCUUGGAUAUGCAGAUUCAAAUAGAACAGAGCAGAGAGUGCACUUCACUCUCAGAGAGGAUCAGACUUUAGGUGAAGUUGUAGGGUGUAGAUGAGGAUGGAUCGGUGCUUUAAAGCACUGAGAUGGUGUUAAGAGUAGAGGAGAUGCUGCAUCUUUUCCAGCAUCAGUUAUUACUGCUCUCCUUUCUGCUUCCAUGUGUUAAAAUGUCGUUGUAUAUAUAGCUGGACCAUACUGGGGAAUUGGCUUAUUUCUCAUUUUACUGCAGCUGAGUUGGAGGAAAUCAUGCAGAAUGCAACCGUAAUAAACGAGAAGAAGCACUAACAUUUCAUUAGACUUCAGCGUAGGGAAACCAGAUUUCUUCAUCUCCUCGUGCAUUAUUUAUAACCUGGGCAUUUGUCAUAUCUGUUGUUUUUGGUUGCAAUUGUAUCAGCUUUGUACAACUGUAUUCUACUCUUCACCCACGUCUCCAAGACUGUUAUUUGGGGUUCUGCUACAGGGAUUAGUUGUCAAAACGUGCACAGAUGUGAUUAUUUGCUGAUGAAUCUCUUUUGAUUGCUCUCUGAGGGUAUUUGACCAUUUAAAAUAAAUGAUCUUAAGAGGGGGCGGGAAACUGGGUCAAGGUGGGAGUGAUGUUUGGCAACUUUCUGUUUUUGGUUUGAUCAGUAGUUUUGCGGGUGGUGGGAGUUGUGGUGUAUGAAGGCACAUCCUGUCUAAAGACGCUGCCAAGGCUUUCCUCUAGAGGGGAUAGAAAUUAGUCGACAUGACAAGUAUAUCCCAAAUUACAGAUUCUUGAGACAGAAUGUACCUUCUUCCUUCCUCCAGGUCUGGUUUAUUGUGACAGUGCCAGAAGGACUAUAGUCUUCUUCAGCAUGUCAAAUUAAAGACAUUUGAAGCUAGGUAUUCCCUUAAAUCCCACAAACUACAAACGCUGGUAGUUAAUUUGAAACCUCCCAUUGGCUGAGAGAGUGUUGAAGAUCCCUUGUGCCUGUCACGUCAGCCUGCCCCUGAGAAGGCCAGACUGUAAAUGCCUGUCAUGUAUUAGGUUGUGGGCCUUUCUCCCUAAUGGAUGUACCCUGUCUCCUUCCUCUUUCCUGCCCCCCCACUCCAGGUCUGGAGAAAGGGGUGGGAAACCAACAUCUUUCUUUUUGUUUUGCAAACCUUUGUCAAGUGCCUCUGUAGCAAUGAAUUGAUUUGAAUGAACGACAUGAACUGGUUUAGAGAGGAGCGUAAAUAAAGAGGUGUGUACAAUAAAGGGACUGGCUCUGG